UCAUGGUCAUAUAAAACCUGCGACUAUGCUAAAACUCAGCGAAAGAUAGCGGAGCUCAAGCAGUUGCAGAAACUUAGUCGUUUACAUACACCAACAUUUUGGCACAGAUCGUUGUUCAGACAGGACGAUAUUUUUUAUAAUCUUACACUAACGGUUUUCUUUCCUUUUCGGAGAGGGUCCCUCUAGAUUUUAUGUUUUUGUACUUAAAUAGAAGGUAAAUCAGGUCAGGUUUUAUUCACAGUAGUAGAGCGUUAGAAAAGCUCUUGCUAAGUCAGUAUAUGGGUGGAUUUUGUGGCGGGGAGAAAGCAGUUUCAGGAGGGCAGUGUGUGUGUGUGUGUUUUGAAAGGGGUCUGACUCUCACUGUACGUGGCUUCCGUGCGUGUGCUUGUUCACCGAGCUCGGGCACUCAUUGAAUUAUUCAUGAGACUGCGUGACGACUGAUCACGAGGGGCCUGUUUAUACAUGUUGUGUGUACUAUUUCACUACCCAGAAGCACUCAGGGCACGUAGUGGGGGGGCCGGGGUUGAAUGACUCUUUUUGUUAAUUCACACACGGCAUGAAAUUAGAGUGAGGGGUGGCAGACAGUCCCAGAGAGAGUGAAUCCCGCACCACUCCAGGAGAGAUGUGAAAUCCAGGAGGAAGACAUCCCUACAGAUUCAAUGCCAUUGGUUGAGGCACUUUGAGUCUGUACCACAAAAGAUGAUUAGAAUGUCACCAGACAAAGAGGCUGUUCUACCGCUUGAUGGACGGGGCGACACAACCGUCCCAGAAGGCCCCACGGUAGGAGGAGGUCAGUUGGAGGGGGAAGGAGGAGUGGACAGGGUGGGAGGGGUUAUGAUCGCCCCUCCUCUUUCCUGUCUGGGACAAUCUGGAUUCACCGGAAGUUUGGUUUUAAUGGAACAACCGAACCCUAACCGUCCGAAAACAGGAACUAACCCAGGAAGGACUCAACCCCUAAAGACCAGAAAUGGCCUUCAGCCUGCCUCCAACAAACCCCAAGAUCCGCCUCCUGGACAGCAGCAGCGAAUGGGGAAGCGGCGCUACUCCCUAGGUGGCGGCUUCAAGCACCCAGGCUUUGGGAAACGCCGCCGCUGCACUAACAGCGACAGCCAAUCCGACCCUGUCCUUCCCUCCAACUUUCUGUUGGGCGGGAACAUUUUUGACCCACUCAACCUCAACUCCCUAUUGGAUGAGGAAGUGAGCCGGGCACUAAAUGCAGAGACGCCUAAGUCUUCGCCCCUGCCGGCUCGGGCCAGAGACCCUGUGGAGAUACUGGUGCCGCGUGACAUCACAGAUCCUCUCAACCUAAAGAGUGGUAGAGGAGAGGGGGAGGAGGGAGGAGUGCUGGUCUCCCCCAUAAAAAACCGUAAGAGACACCGUGGCAACCGUCACCACGGGGGAGGACUGGGGACACAGUCCGAUCACCCCACACAGGCUGAGGGGUCAGUAGUAGAGACUGUGGGGGAAGCAGGUGGGGGUGUGGCUUCAGGGGGAGGGGUGUUAGGUGUAGCUUCCAUAGGAUCUCUGUUUCCAGCUGCUGUAUGUGUUACUGGUGAACUGGCUGCAGUACCAGAGGCCAACACAGAGGGCAGCAUGGCUCCACAGUCUCCUUUGCCCUACGAACUCAACACUACCAUUAAUUGUCGGGACGAGGUAGUCCCGCCCAUCCUGCCACGGAGACACACCCACCCACCUCUUAACUCCGCCUCUAAACUCUGUCCCCAUGGCGACAGUGUGCAUCGACAGCGUAAACGUUGGAGUACCACUUUGAUGAGGUCAGACCCCCCAUCUGUCACCCCGACACCCGCCCUCACAGUCACCUUCCACACACCCCUGGUCCCCGGGUCAGGCCUUAGAGGUCAGCGGUCAGAGAUGAAAGGUCAACAGCAGCCUCAGAACUCCUGCCACCACAAACCCAAGGAGAAGAAAAACAGGUUCCAGCAUGGAAACUUCAGCCGUUACUACGGAUAUCAUGGUUACUAUGGUUACCACGACGGACAAGUUGGCCCGUUCGAGGACCCUCGUCUGGGCCUGCUCCAACCUGAUUGGUUCAGAGAGAAGACGGUGCUGGACAUUGGCUGUGGUGCGGGUCACCUGACCCUAGCUAUCGCACGGCACUUCAACCCCGCCCACAUCCUUGGUAUUGACCUGGACAUGCGGCUGGUGCACGCCGCUAGGCAGAACAUACGCCACUUCCUGUCUGAACGUCUCACACGGGAAGCCCUGUGCAGGGGGGAGAUGGAGGGGGAAGGAGAGGGGGAGACAGACUGUAAACACAGAACAGAGACAGCUGAUCGAAACAGUGGCAGAAGCAAAACUAAGAUGGUGUCCAGUACCACUGAGGAAGAGGAGGAGGAUGGACAGAAGGAGGAAGAGGGUCUGAAGGAGGAGUGCAGUUCUCUAGAGGAGUUAAAGAGGACCCUGUUGUUGCUGUCGCCCCCUAGUGGCCCCCAAGGUGCAGGUCGCCCCCUCCUUCCGUUCCCCAUCUCCUUCAGGGUCAGUCGGGGUCCCAUCGCUGCUCCCCCUCUGCCUGUCCUUACCCACUCCUCCCCCCUCAACCAUGGGACACCAGGAACGUUCCCAAACAACAUCUCCUUCAUGACAGGUGAUUACUUGAAUGACAGAGAGAUGCUGGUCCAUAAUGAUGUCACAGCAGUAUAUGAUGUCAUCCUGUGUCUGGGUGUGACCAAGUGGGUCCAUCUGCACGAGGGUGAUGGGGGUGUGGUCAGAAUGUUCUGGCGGAUGUACAGACACCUCCGACCGGGGGGGAUGCUCCUCCUGGAACCACAACCCUGGAUCUCCUACUGCCACAGCAAGAAGAGCACGGAGAUGACAUACAGGAACUACCAGGACAUCAGACUGAGGCCAGAGAACUUCUCUUCUUACCUGACUUCUACGGUUAAUGACUGGUACAGAUAACACCGCUACUGUUGGUUUCACCUGUUACAGGUGACUGACUGAUACAGGUUUCCAUAGGCCAAUCUACCUCUUCCACAAAGGCCCCACCCCCAGGAAGUGAUAGGAACAUGCCCAUUGUUAGCGGUGUUAGUGCUGAGUAAAUGCAGGACUGCUGUCAUGAGCACGUCUCCAUAGAAACAACUGUCCAGAUUGAUGUAUGGUGGUGGACACCAACCAAUACCACAACUUAGAUUGGUGAGACAUUCAUAGAUUAGUAAUGUGAUUGGACGAAAGGACCUUCUGAGGAUUCUGAUUAGUCAUGAUUUAUUAACUAGACGGUUAACGGUCUCAGCAACAGACUUUGAAACACACACUGACAUGCAGACUGUAUGACAAGGGAACAGUCCACUGGGACAACAUGGCACCCUGGUUGAGCCCUGUACUGGGCCAGUUUCACCCUCUCUGAUUCAACUCCACUGUCUGGACAUGAAGCCGGGAGCAGGAAGUGGAAACUCAGCUGAAUCACAUGGAGCCAAGCUGGCACUCCCUGUGUGUUGUGUUGACACAAGUGUGUAUAUUAGAGAGGUUGUUUAUGUGUGUUUGGGAGGCUGUUAAAUGUGUUAACAAGCAGUUUUGUUUUGUUUUUGUGUUCUGAGAGGUGGGACUUCCACCCUGCCUAAUGAGGUCACUUCCUUCCAAACUCAAUAAUGUUUUAAUAAAGUAAGCUACUAUAAUAAACUUUCUGAUGAUCCUG